AGUAAGCAUUGACUUUUUAUUAGCAUUUAACAACCCUGCACACACACACACAAAGCAGGCUAGGAACGAUGGAAGGAAGGAUUGAAGUUUAGCGCGUUUUUAGUUUUCCUUUUUGACGGAAAAUUGAUCAAAAUUUUGAGUGCAUUUUUAUAUUUCUUUUUGGGAUCCAGUUAGUAAUAGUAAGGAUGAAUCCGGUCUUCUUCUACGGCUAUGCGGCAGCUGGUGUUGGGUUUGUCAUUUCCGUGAUUUAUCUGGGGCUGUUUAACAUCUGCCAGCAGCGAAAUCUGCGCAUGGUCCUGGAGAACGCCACAUUUCGACAGUUUUACGAAGGCAUCAGACAUCAUACGGUAGCUCAACGGUACUGCAAUCGUCAACGUACGAAGCUGAUCACUCGACGCAUGCUGCACAAAAUCAAUCAACUCGCCCCGAGGGUUCAUCUGCUGUCGGAAGGGCCCCGUUGGAAGUUGAUCUACACGCCGGGUGGUGAUAUACGGGCGAUACCCUUGCCAUCGUAGUCGAUAAAUCAUUCUGCGCGAAAUGUCGAUAAGUGCAUCUCUGACAGAGUACAGCAUCGUUUUCCAGGAGGAUGAUAGCGAACUGCCCAUCACCCAGGGAGGAUCAUUGAGAGGAUUGAAAAAAAAAGCAUAUUAAAUCCGCCUGCCGGAGGCAAUAUGGAGAAUGUUUGUAUCUGGUGAACGUCUCCACGUCGUGAUAUAUAGCAAUCGCCUCAGUGAAAGUUGGGCUGAGAUUUGAAAGUAUUGUAUGAACUAAUUUAAAUAAUGCAAUGGGUGCAAUGGAAUGUGUUUGUUAAUUUCUGAAGUAUUUUAAGAAGUCUUGGGAAUCUACCAGUACUCGCUUCUUCAACUUAAUUUUGCCCAUAGCUGAAUAGUCAGUCAGGGAAGAUAUCCGGAUGGAAAUAUAUCAAGAUCACUCAUAAAUCAAGCGCAACCACCGAGAAUAUUCCAGUAUCAAAGGAUGACGAUUCUGUGCCCCAACCGAUCCUUGUCUUAAUUUCCUUCUUGACCCUCUCCAUAGGGCCAAACACUUGUCCAACGCAACGUUACACCCAAUUGACAAUGACAGUGACCGGCACGUGGGGCCAAAGGUUUCGUGAACUGAUCGAGACAUGACUUCAUAUCCCGCCCGAACGCCUGGUGCGCAGAUGCAUCAAUCUGCGUGACCCCACACAAGGCUAACAAAAGGGUUGCUCCAGCACACACAGAGCGACCGCCGAUGAAAGUUCAAGUUGAACUCAUCAACUCCCGUCACCGGACACGGU